AUGAAGGAAGAGUUUUUUGACGUAGCCAGAGGUCAGAAGAUUUAUAAUUCUAUUGAUUUGCUACAAAAUGAUCUUGACGAAUGGCUUUUGCAUUAUAAUUAUGAAAGACCUCAUUCAGGUAAAUAUUGUUAUGGUAAAAGCCCUACGCAAACUUUUGAAGAUAGUAAAAAACUUGCUCUUGAAAAGAAUAAUGAAAUUUAUACCUUGAAUAUAAGCUUGAACAAAAUAGUCAGAAUUUUAGCGAUAAUAUUGCUUGUUAGAUUAUGUUGUAUAUAA